AUUAUUUUUUUUUGUGAAACCCCAUGUAAAAAAGCCGUGUUUGCAUGGAAGAAGAUCAGUGGUAGGCCGUUGGAUUUAUCGCUUUAGAUCGAAACUGGAUUUUAAGUAAAGUAAUAUUACACAAGAUAACAAAACUUCUUUGAUUAAAUAUUCUUUGACUAUGAUCUGUGGUCCGAGGGGCCGAAGGGGAAAGGGAAGACGUGAAUCAGUUUGGUUGAUUUUAUGUGAAUCAUUUCAUAGCAAAUAAUAUUUGCUAAAACAUAUGUCUAUUUCUUUUUCGGUUUUCUAAAUGUUAAGUGAAAAUUUAUAUUAUAAAAUGUUUUCAAUAAAGUUUCUUAUUCGCAAUUUACAAAACGGGCAUGAGUAGUUUUUUUUUAAAGAAUAUAGUUUCGUGUACAAGUGGAAGUGUUAUUAAAAAUGCCAUUUAACUUUUUAUGUUGUGUGAGGCCCGGAGUUGAAGAUGUCGUGGAGUUGGAUUACUCUCAUCAAUCCUUAACAGAUGUUCCCACCGACGUGUUUGUGUAUGAGAGGACAUUGGAAACUCUGCUCUGCCAAAGUAAUCGUAUCACAGAGUUACCGCGCCAGCUUUUUAUGUGCCAUGGUUUGAAGUAUUUAGACCUUAGUGAUAACGAGUUACAAGCUAUUCCUACAGCAAUAUCUUCUUUGGUGAACUUACAGCAUUUAAACAUCAGUAGAAAUACCUUGGCGUCGAUACCUGAUAACAUGAAAGCAUUAAAAUAUCUUAUGUUUCUCGACCUAAGUGUCAACCCACUGGAAAAACUUCCUGAUGCCAUAACAAAUCUCAUAGCGCUAAAAGAACUGUACCUCAAUGAUACAUAUCUCGAAUAUCUUCCUGGAAAUUUUGGAAGGUUAGCAAACCUUAAUAUAUUGGAGUUGAGAGACAAUUAUCUUAUGAUUUUACCCAAAUCUUUGUCACGUUCCACUGAACUCUUGCGAUUGGAUAUAGGACAAAAUGAGUUUCAGCAAUUCCCUGAGGUUAUUGGAAGAUUUCUCAAAUUAAAAGAGCUGUGGAUUGAUAGUAACAGUUUCACAACAAUACCAUCCAUAAUUAAGCCAUUAGAAAAUUUGAUUCACCUAGAAGCUAGCAAUAAUAUGAUUGAAGAACUUGCACCAGAAAUUGGUAAUUGUGCACAGUUACUAGAUCUAAGUUUAUCUAUCAACAGUUUGACACAGUUGCCCGACAGCAUCGGGCAGCUAAGUAAUCUGACCUCUUUGAAACUAGACAACAACAGGUUGUAUUGUUUACCAGAUAGUAUAGGUCAGUUGAAGAACUUAGAGGAAUUAAUGCUCAUGUGUAAUUACUUAGAUAAAAUACCAUCAUCAAUUGGGCUUUUAAGAAAACUGCAAUAUUUAAAUGUUGAUGAUAAUAUGUUGAAAGCGAUCCCUCCGGAAAUUGGGAGUUGUACAAAGUUGUCUGUGUUAUCUCUACGAGCAAAUAAAUUAUCAAAAAUCCCUCCAGAAAUUGGACAUUUGUCCUCUCUAAGAGUAUUAAAUUUAGUGAGAAAUUCUCUAAGUUGUCUUCCCCAGUCCUUAUUAAAUUGUGAUAAUUUAGUAGCUCUUUGGCUGUCAGAAAAUCAAAGCAAACCUUUAGUGCCUAUGCAUUCUGAAGUCGAUCCUCAUACUUAUGAACAAGUAUUAACUUGUUUCCUAUUCCCACAAGUGCCUUUAACACCUAUUGAAUUAAAGAAUGAUCAUGAAAAACCCGAAAACCCAGAGUCACAAUCAACUGCAAGACACAUUAGUUUUGUGGAUAUGAAGGCAACAGCUAAGGCCCCAGAGAAACCUGGACAGCUGCGAAGGGCACCUACUCCUUAUCCUAAAGAAUUGCGAGCAAUGGCUAAACAUGCUAGAAAUAUACAUAAAGAUGGAACACAAGAUAUAACACCUCCAAUGCAAAAUGCUGUCCACAUAAAAGCAGCAAAAAUUACUCCAACUUUACAACAAAGAUUUGCUUCAGACAACAAAAAGGAGAGCAAUAAUACCUCAACCAUGGAAAAUGGUGGAAACAUAAAGGAAACUUUUAAAACCGCAUCAAUAUAUGAUAACCUACCCCCUGAAAAUGCUUAUGACAGACCAUUAGAUUUGACAUAUGAACAAGAUAAAACUUAUAAAAGUGUAGACCAUGCACUAUAUGUUGAAAACAAUGGUACCACAAAUAUUGAAUAUGAAGCUGAAAAUGGAGAACCAUACACACAAAGACAUUACAGUACCAAACAUGAUAAAUAUCAACAGCAAGAAAUUGAAAAAUCAAACAAUUGUAAGCAAUCCAAUUCAUAUGCAGAUCACUUAGAACUAAAAAGUUAUCAUCAAGCAAAUGAUUUAAGUUACCGAAGCAACAUAGAUGAAACUCAAAAUCAUUUUCAAAGGCUUAGUCUUAGUUCUCAAGACAGACAUUCAAAUGAAGAAACUAUUUUGCCACCACAUUAUAAUGAAAGUCCUUAUAACUCAAGAGCUGAGAAUGUACCGACUUUUGAUCCAUCAUAUCAUAGACAAGAACAUGUUAUGUGCCACAAUAUACCAGCAAGCAAUUAUCACAACAAUAUCUAUGAACAAGAUGCUUAUUCCUGUAGCAAAGAGAAGAUAUAUGGUCAACGAAACUACGAUGUCUAUGGUUAUCAUAGCCAUGGAGGCCAUGACUUACCUCCUGGCCCCAGAGUACAUACAGUAAGUCAAGUAGUCAGUUCAACAACAAUGCCAAAUUUGAGUAACUAUAACAAUGUCUAUGUGCAACCAACAGCUGAAAGUCAUCAUUUCUCUGGACCGUUACAUCAGUCUACAACUCCAAAUGCUAAUGUAUAUGGUAUGACAUCAAGUCCUACUUACAUUCCAUCUCAAUCGCCCGAAUUAUACUCGCCUACAGGCCACACAAAUGCAACAAACCCAUACAGAAUGACAAACACUCCAUUAGUAACAGAUGAUGGUAGCUUCAGUCAUGUCCAAUCUCCAACGAGUCAGAAUGCAUAUGAUUUAUAUGAUGCAGGACCAGCCACUCAUUCCCCGAAUGUGGUGAGCCAUCGUCAUAGCCCAAGUGGAGUAUCGGAGAGUAUGUACAUGAGGGGACAACCUCCUCCGUAUCAUAUUGCUGCACCUUACACUAAACAUGCUCAGUACUUUAAUGGGACGGGUGGAUAGUGAUGUCUGCAUUUUGCAGAGAACUGCAAACACUGUAUGUGUGAACAAUGUUUAUGUAAAUAUUGUCUGUGUGAAUUAAACUACUAUCAUCACUAACUAUUUAUUUAUCUAUAAAAUAGUUCUUGUUUUAUAUGUUUAUAACUGUAACUAUUUUCUGGAUGUGCAAUUUAAAUGUGAUAUGUAUUAUGUAACAAUGUUGAAAUAAUGUAUAUUUAAGGUGCUAAGAAGAGGAUUAUGCAGGAACAUUUUUACAGAGGAUACAUUAUUGAGAAUGGUUAAGAAAGAAAUAAAAAGGAUUAUAUUUUAAAUUUUUUAGUAGGUACUGUUAUAGUACAAAGAUAACAACUAUGUUGUUCCAUACUUGAUGUUCAUGAGUAGUUUCUUGUAUGUUAACUUCUAAUUAGUAAUAUUCAUAUGAAUAAAAUAUGUAUAAUAAUAUAUUAAGUACAAAAGAUUUUUAUGCAAAAGAUUAAUAGCAAAAACAUUAUAUUUGGUGAAAAAAGUAGUUAUAGGCAAUAUGUUUUUACAAAACAAAUUAUAAUUAAAUUGCAAAACAAAUACACACUUUAGCUAGUUGUUUGAAUCAAAUGUAAAAUACUGUAGUAAAAAUUUGCACUGUACAGGCUCCCUGCAUACAUCCCUUAACAAUAAUUAAAAUAAUUGGCAAAUUUAUUAAUUUUUAAAUAAAUUAUUUUAAUCUAAUAAUGUAUUUUGUCGAAUUGUGCUUGAUGGUUUUAAUUCAAAUAUUUGUAUAGCUCUCUAUUAGAUAACAUAGACGUAAAAUGUAGUAUGUUAGUAUACUUUUAAUAGUUUACACAUAGUUGAAUCUAUAAACCUUAGGAAAUGGCUGGGAUAAUAAUACAGAAACAUUUAUCUAUGUGGCCUACAUUUGAUUGUAUAGAAACAAAUAUUAUCAUAAAGGUUUUAACUCAAUUGAG